AUGUGGGUCUUAGUGCUUAUGACUCGGGUCCUGCCGUUCGGUAACCAAGUGAUGGUUUUGGGAAGUAAGGACUUGGGUCCAAAAGGGAGAAAAAAUAGACUUGGGCCCUUUUGGCUUCGGCAUGGGAGUGAGUCUUGGCCCAAGAAGACUCAGCAAGGAUCCCAAAAGGAAGAAAAGGGGCGCAACAGCAAACCCAGGCUUGCUGUUCGACAAGUGUCGAUUAGAGAACAUCUUGUGAGCCCCUCCCCUCUUCUGCACUGUGCUAGCCGUUCGGCAGACCUUCGGCAGUGGGCUUUCGGCAUGUGCUUGGAGCAGGCUGCUGGAGCUGGGCUUCGACAAAAGAGAAAUCAAGAUCUCAACCAUAUUUUGAGCCCCUUCGUGCGACAGAGGUGUCGGAAAGGUGACCAAGGCGGUUUCAAAGGAGGAGGGUCACGGUGUACCGCCUUCCUUCGACAAACUUGCCGAUCGGUGCUGGGUCACUUCGGCGACGAAAAAAUCAUGGGUCUCGGUGAGGCAGUAUCGGUCAUGGAUGCAUUGUGUCACGGGUCGCACAUAGACAAGUGCUACCAUGACUCCGUUGGGACAUCUGUGCACUUAAAAGGUAGUCUAAGUGUGGAAGAGCGAGAGCUUAAGAGCUAG